CAUUGCGCAAAAAAAUCUGGGGAGAUCAGAAAGGUGCUGCCGUAGCUCUGCACUUCAACUGCUGCCAAUUGGAAUCCCAACGGACGGUAGACCGGUGCCACUGCGUGGGUAACUAGGUUAUCGCUCGAAAGAGAGCAAACGAGGGAGGGAAAGAAGAGCGCCGGGCGUCAGGAGCGACUGCGGGAGCAGCCGGCGAGACUUGGAGGCUACGGGGCGUCCCGCAGCAGAGCGCCGGUACACGAGCCGCCACCCCGAGGACCGAACGCAGUCUUGACGCGCUAGGUUCCCAGCUGCUGACGACAGGCUUCGCCGCCGAGCGACAGGGAAGCCCGGAGAAGCUCGCUUCCAGAUACCCGGACCUGGGUCACAGUGCUCGCCGUGCUGUUCCACUCCACGAUGAGUGCGCCCGUUUCGCGGACCGGCGACAGCAGCAGCAGCAACGAUCACCCGCUCUGGGUCAACCCGUGCAACCUGCCCGACGACGCCAGCGGACACGCCGACCACCUGAGCCCGCAGGACGUACGCAACAUGCUCGACGCCGUGGCCAACCGCGCCCGGGUCGCCAGCGAGGAGGCCGACAAGGCCAAGCGCCGAUUUCUAGAGAGGACCUUCUCGGACUCCGAGUUCGAGGACUCGGUGGCCUCUUACAUGCAGUCGUGGCUGCCCAAUGUGCCAACGCCGUCCGAAGAGCACUUCAAGUCCAUGACAAAAGAAGAGGCGUACAAGACGACGUUCGGCUACGUGCAGUACUACGCCGUGGGGCUGGAGCAGGCCGUGCUGGACCAGAUCUUCCACAACGGGCCCUUCCACCGGCUCUUCCUGGAGAUCCAGCAGAACCUCGGCCAGCUGCUGUGCGAGCUGCAGAUCGGCAUCGUGCACUUCAGUGUGGCCAAGAAUCCGGACGUGCUGCGCGACGUGAUGUCGCACGAGUACCGCGACAUCAAGCAGGACAGCCAGCGCAACCUGCGCGACUACAUCAUCCUGCGCGAGUACAUCCGGCUCACCCGGUACAUCUCCGAACUGUUCGCCUACCUGCGGGACCACUCCUAAGGGCGCCGCCGCGGACGCUCGUGCAGUGCCGCCCCGCCUCCUAAUUUAUUCCUAUUUAUUAAUUUAUUGACAAAGGAACACUCGCCGCCCGUGGCGGAACCCCGUGGUGCGGCGUGACUUGUGUGUGCGCGCCCCAGCGCCGCCUCCAGCACCAAAGAAUUGACACUUCCUUAUCGGACGGACCACCAGUGCGCGCCUGUCGUGUGUGUCUCCUGUAUGUGUGUGCGUGCGUGUAUGUAUUAUGCCUGCGCGCGACCUUGUUCCCCCGUUGUAGUUCUCGUCAGUAGCCGUGUCUAGGUAAAAGAGCAGAAAAAAAAAGGUUAAAAAAAAAAGCUAGAGCGGGGUCUGAAAUUCUCGACCUUCGCAGGGAGGUGACACGUAAAACUUGCCUUCAAUGUCCAGUGACGGGUCGCGUAUAAACGACCCGGGGUUGCUACCGACGACGACAUACUCACGGGCCUUGCUCUUCAAGGUUCACAAUCGCCGGUUUUUAAGCUAUAGCGUGCAAAAAGAGCCUACGUCGAAUUCGACGUGUUUGUCUCCAUUAUAAGGCCGGUCAUUUUAUUGGCGUCAUCUGAUUUUAGAUAAUUUGCCGGAGCGAUAUUUCUUUUUAAAAAAAACUUGGUUUUAGCGUCAAAUCUUAUGGCAGAGACCUGACUUGAAACUUUUGUUUGUUUGUUUGUUUGUUUGGACUCGUUAUUAACUCGCUGUUAUUCGUUGCUGUCGCAGCAACAAAAAGGCAUUCCUGCGCUGCAGUUGUAGAUAUAAGAAUGUUUGUGGGCGUCUGUGCGUGUUUAUGUGUAUAGUGUCUACAGAGAAAAGUGUCCGACAGCGCGAUUCCCCCGUUCCGGCAGCAAUGGUCACGCACGCUAGUCUCGCACCUGUACUCGCUGCAACGUGCACCCUUCCGACAAGAGACACUUGUCUGGAGAAACUACCUCAGUCUUCGCAUGCGGUUCGCGCAUGCGCCGAGCAGCUAUUCCCCGCACGCCGCCGGCACCGUCGGUGCCAGCGCCGUCACAUGCCGAAGCCGGUGGCACCUAUAUAUAUAUAUAUAUAUAUAGCUGCCGUGUGUCGCACAUCGCCAGUCGCUCAGUCAAGCCGCCUGAAAGGAAAAAAAAAUGAUACCCGUUUAAAAGGAAACGUAUUCGCAGCAUGCAUUUUUACCGCGCGUUCAGUCAAAGAGAGUAAUCGGGCAUCGCUCGUCCUCGCAAAGUAAGGUGCCUGACGCUAUAGCUUCAUAGCUGGCGCAAGAAAGGCAAUGCGCAUGUAACGCCGACUAGCGUUCGUAAG